AUGGAAGAAUAUGGAAUGGAGAAUAUGGGAGAAGCAUGGAAGCUGUGGAAACCCGGUGUGGCGAAGCUGCUCAACUUGUGGCCAGAUGGGGGCCAAUGGAGCGUGGAGGGAGUGUGGACAGCUGUGCUCAACAUGGUUGGACAAUGGAGGAAUAUGGGACCCGGUGUGCUGGUCGUCUACAUGGCUCGUCUACAUGGCUGGUGGCUCGUCUACAUGCUUGGUGGCUCUUGUUGGAUGAUCUUCAAAAAUAGUAAGUUUAACAAAAAAUCUAAAAAAAACAAAAAUGCGAGCCAAAAAUGCGAAUGCGCGCUUUCCUCCCCUUCCCUCUAUUCGUUUUCGCGUUUUCAUUUGUUUUGUCUUUUUUGUCUGUUUUUUGAGAAAAGAUUAGAAUGGGCGGAAUGCAGUGGUGAAUGGAUGGAUGGAUCAACAGCAGAAACAAUGGAUGGAUGGACAGCAAAAACAAAUGGAUGGACCAGCAAUAAUGAGAGAUGUAUCAGCUAUGGGUGCUGA